AUGGUUUUGAAUGUUCUUUUAUUCCUUCUUGUGCUUUUAAUAAUUUUGAUUUUAAUCAAAAUAUUGAUGCCGAAUUUUAUCGAAAUAAAUCUUAUUUUACUUCAUGCAGGAUGGCGGUGUUUUGAGACGAUAUGUCAGGACUACAUGAAUGCACCGCGCUACAACACAGUUUCACUCUACUCGCAAUCUUCAUCAGUGGCUGUGCUUACAGGCGGAAGUCGUGGUCUAGGAUUAGGUGUUUUAAAAAAGCUGUUGCAAUGUGAAAUGACAGUUAUUUUAGGUGUAAGAAAUAUUGAAGCAGCACGAAAAUCAGUGGAAUCUUACAUUGACAGCUCAUUGUUGAUGAAUAAAGUCAUUUAUGAGAAUUGUGACACUGGAGAUUUAAGUUCAGUCAGAGAAUUUGCAAAGCGUGUACAGGAACGAUUUCGAGGAAUUAAUUUGCUGAUUAAUAAUGCCGGUAUAAUGGAAGUUCCAUUCAAACUCACAAAAGAUGGAUUUGAAUCUCAAAUGGCAAUCAACUAUAUUGGACAUUUCCUCCUUACUCAUCUUCUGAUGCCUCAACUUAUUUAUGGUUCUAAGGAAUCUGGCAAAACUUCUAGAGUUGUCAGUGUUUCAUCAUGUUCUCACUUUGUUGGAAAAAUAAGAUAUAAUGACUUUAACUAUACAAAUAUUUAUCAUGGUCAGAUCUCAUAUAGUGACAGUAAGCUAGCGCAGGUCAUGUUUACAAGACAUUUACACGAAAUGUGCAAGGAAAAUAAUUGGAAUGUCCAUGCAUACUCAUGCCAUCCAGGCUUUGUUAACACCGGACUCUUUGCAACUUCCCUUUUUGGGCCUCUUGAUAAAUUUAGGGAAUUUGUAUGCAAGAAUCUAGAGCAAGGAGCGAGAACGGUUGUGUAUGCAGCAAUAGCUCCUGAAAUUGAAUCAAAUGGUGGAGCUUAUAUCACAAAUUGUCGACCAUCGAAAAUGUCAUAUAAAGCCAUGGAUAAUGCAGAGUGUAGAAAAUUAUUUUUAUUCACUUGUGACCGUCUUGGCAUUAAGAGUUUCGGAUCUGAAUAG